AUGCCAGAAGAUUAUGGUGGCGAGCGUGUACCGCAAAAUUAUAGUACCUGUCUUCAGUUUGCGAAGUUUGCAUACAUGUAUAGUCUUGGCAUUUCAGGAGUGGGUAUUGAGAAUAUGAGGAAGAUGAAGCAAAAACACAAAUGGAGCGCUCAGCUCUUGAGCUUAUUUAUGGAACAUCCCCAUGAGUCCUACCUGGGAACUGGGGGUGCACCAGCACGAGAUGAGAGUGAUGAGGAUGAAAAAGAUUUCAUCAAGUUUGGGAAAGCAACACCAGGUGAAAAGGGUUGGCAUAUCGCUGGGGCUGCCUUGCAAAUGAUGUGGCAUAUCAAAUGGUUUCAGUAUAUUAAAGAACUAGUGCCAGAGCAUUUCACUGUUAGAACCAACGACGAAGAGAAAACAGCAUGGGAAAUCUUCAAGGAAUCACAUAAAGACCUCGUCAAAGAUGGUGGCUCAUGGCUCAAGGACACAUCCGAAUCUUGCUCAGUAGUGGCAGCUCUCAUAACUGGUGUUUCAUUUGCUACAUGCAGCUCUAUCCCUGGUGGUAACAAAGGUGAUACAGGUGAACCUGCAUUAGAAGGCAAGCCUGCAUUCGAGGCAUUUGGUAUAUCUUCGGUGUUUGGCCUUUGCUUCUCUGUCACUGCACUGAUAAUGUUCCUUUCUAUACUCACUUCUCGAAAAGAAACCAAGGAUUUCAGGAAGGAUUUGCCAAUUAAGCUUUUUCUGGGGUUGAGUUCUCUUUUCUUAUCAAUUGCUGCAAUGAUUUUUUCUUUCUGCUCUGGCAAUUUCUUUGUGAUUGAAAACAAAUUCAAGGAGAUAUUAUUCCUCAUUUAUGGAGUCACUUGCUUGCCUGUGUCUUUAUAUGCUGUAGCACAAUUUCCACUAUACACUGAUCUUCUCAAAGCUAUCAUGAAGAAAGUGCCACAGCCAAGUGAUAAAAGUGGUCAUUUAUUAUAG